AGAUAAAGAUCCGAGUCGUUUAGAGAAACCUGUUGGACAAGAUGUCUGAGCAGCAGACAGACUUCCUGCUGCUGUGUUCAGAUCGACCCAAAGCCUCUGGCCCUCCGAUGGAGUUCGCCUGCGGGUUUGUUUACGUGCCGCCGUCGCUGAGCCGGAGGGAAGUCCAACGAUCCGGCGGCAACGCAGCCAAACGCUCAGCACUCCUUCCUCCGGUUAAAGCCCUUCGUCCUCGUCCUCGUACUCCUCCUCCUCCGCCCCCCACCCAGCCUGCCGACCCUAAGGUCAAAGCGCCGCUGUCUGCUAAAGCUUCGUCUCAGAAAACCUCUGGACAGCAGGAGAGAAACCAGGAAGUCGGAUCCUCCAAACCCGUUUCUCUCUUCUUCAACCAUCCAGAACUUCAGCGAAGACCAGAGGCGGAUUCUCCUCCCGCAGGAUCGGCUUCUCCAGCGGCGCCUUCCAGAAAGAUCGCCCUUCUGCCGCCAUUUAUCAAACCUGAUUCCUACAAACAACCCGAACCGCCUCAAACCUCCAGCAAUCAGUCGCUUUGGUACGUCAACACCAAACAAGGAGCCGCGCUUGGAUCCGCUCCACCGCUUCCUCCAAGACCUUCAUUUAUGCCUCCAAGCCCAGAGUACAUGAUGGUUUUAUCCUCACCUGCCGCUCCGCCUCAGACGCCGCCGCCUCCCUCAUCCAAACCUCCGCCGCCUGCAGAUAAGGGCCCUCUGCCUGGAAAUCCCAACAUUGUUCUCAUCAGUUUAGGGAAGUUGCUGUCAGAGGAAAGAGAGGUUCCCAGUCCUGGGAAUCCCAUAAUGUGCUCAGAGUGUGGGUCGGUUCUGGACAGCCAGGCCAAAAACCAGGUUAAUGUGUGCUACUUUUGUCAGCGUGAGGAUUUAACUAGACCGCCCAGAGGUCCUGUAAGUGUGCAGAAAGAUGAUUUGUUUCUGCUGACCCCUGGAGAUCAGCCACAGUCCACCGCCGACUCGCUGCUGCUGUUCUGCAUCGACGCGUCCGGCUCCAUGAGCAUCACCUCCACGGUGUCGGAACCGGGCCAGAACAUCCACAGAACCAGACUCGAGUUUGUCCAAGAAGCUGUGCUGCAGUGUGUUCGGGAGCUGAGCGACCGGCGGCCCGAGGUCCGAGUUGGACUCAUCACUUUCAACUUCCAGGUCACCGUGUACGAAUGCAGCAGCUUCCAGCUGCAUCAUCUCAGCGGCGCCGAGCUGAACGACCAGCACUUCCUGAUGGGCGCUGCGGCCGCUCUGCCCGUGCCGCUUCCACUGUCACAGACCAAAGAUUACUUAGAGAGACACAUUUCAGGAUUAUCAGCAAAUGGAGAAACGGCUCUGGGUCCAGCUGCUCUGGUCGCUGUUUCAAUGGCCUCCAGGCUGCCGGGGUCAAAGGUGAUUAUCUGUACAGAUGGAAAAGCCAACGCAAAACUAGGGAAUCUGGAAGACGAGGACAACGACGCUCGCGCUCUGCUGUCAUCCACCAUCUUCUACCAGAACCUGGGGGAGUUCGCCGCCGCCCAGGGGGUCACCGUGUCCGUGCUGUCCAUAGAAGGAACGGACUGCCGGCUGGAUGAACUGGGAAGACUGGCGGAUCGAACUGGAGGGAAAGUGGUAAUAGCCAGUCCCAACCAGCUGCACUCAGAGUUUGAAGAGAUCAUUGAAAACAGGACCGUAGCUACACACUGCGCCGUAACGCUCCUGGUGCCCAAAUCUCUGCGGCUGAAAGGAGAGAGGGAGGUGGGACACAAAGGGACCAGAGAGGUGGGGAAUGUGAACACUGACACUGAGGUCACCAUGCAGUUUGGAGCUCAUGAACACACAGAGGUGGCGUCGCCGGCUUCUGGCGGCCAUGUCGCCGUGCAGCUGCAGGUCCGGUACCGGAGGAACGGUCGGGCUCUGCUCCGGGUGUUCACUGCAGAGAGAGAGGUGACCGACGACAGCUCGGCGGCCCUGUCCUCCCUCUCCCUCGCCAUCGUUCAGCUCAACUCGCUGCAGGCCAGCGCCGCUCUGGCCGUCAGAGGCCGCUUCCUGGACGCCAGGAAGGAGGGAGCAGAGCAGCAGCGGCUCAUCGAGCGAGCCAUGGAGCAGAACCAGAGAGCAGAGGACCAGCAGAUGUACCAGGACUGGGUCAGAACCAUGGAGCCCAUAAACCGCAACAUUCACACUCUAACCAGGAGGAGCGCUCUUCUGUCCUACUCUGAGCCUCUGACUGACGCUGGUGCAGCUCUGCUCAUCACCAUGAAGCACAGCAACAGGAAGUCCAUGUAGCCGCCGCCAAACGUCACACAAAGGCUCCGAGUCGCUCUCUAUAAUUACAUGAUACAUAAUAUAAUCAUAUGUAUAAUUAUAUUGCCACAGGAAAUCUCUGCUUUUAAUUCGUUUUGUAUUAAAAUAUAAAACUGUUCAUUUCUGAGGUGUUUUAAAUGUUUUUGCAACUGAAACCUCAAGUUCAUAUGUUAAGUGAUUAAAUUCAUAAACUAAUAUAAUUAAUAUCAUCCAAGUUUCUUCAAAGAGUCAAAGAUGGUGAUUUUGUGGGGAAGAAUCUCCAGUAGCAGUCAGACUUGCAACAAAUCAGAAAAGACCUCUGACUGAAGACUUGCUCUAUGAUAGACUAACAACCUUCAUUUGUUAUAAAGAUACUAUUGAUUUAAA